GGACCACAAGACGAGUAAGAGGAUGGUGUUACGGUUUUAAACACGGCUAUUUCCCAAUUGGUAACGUCAAGUCGUCAACCAUCUCGGGCAUCCUUCAAUCCAAAAAGUCACCCUGUGCAUACAGAAUAAUUUGCAUCUUGCACCCUUAAUUUGGAGUCCAACCUUCUCCGGCACCAAAGUUACCAGAGGGACCCUUUUCACAUUGGACCUGCUGCGGAUGCCACUCCAAUGAUAAUACUUGGAUCAGACUUACAUUCAUUGGUUAGCUCUUCUUCCUUGUGAUGAUAAUGGUUGGACUAUAGCUGAUGCAGCCACAACAGGCUGACUGCUGAGUUAUCCCCUUGUCUCAUCCACCUCAAUUUCCUCAGUAAACUGUAUUUCUAAAAAAAAAAAAAAAAACUCCAACUGCAAAAUUUGCCUGCUGGAAUGUAUCAUCACAAGCCCCAGUCACAAGGCCCACAGUCUUUCUUCAACAUGCCAAAGCCCGAUCAUCAUCAGCAACAUCCAAAUCAACGUAAUUCCCCUGCCUCGAACAUGCUGUCUGACUUCCCAUUUUCUCGCCCCACUCAACUUCCUGAUGAGCUGGAAUCAGCGCUGGCUAUUCGUGGUGCCAGGGACACGGACCGUCGCAUCACUGAUCACACAAGUCGGCCAAAUCAACGUCAGAACCAAGGCCAGACUGGUCAAACUUCCAACCGCCAUCUAAAUUGUUUGUCAACUCUGCAUCUGAUGACACUUAUAACUCUCAGAAACUCCAAGGGCCUCACCAGCUUGCUCAGAGCAGCCGAACUGGACCAGCUGUUGCAAGCUGGGUUUCAAGUGGCUCAUCUUUGUCCCAAGGCAAACCACCCAAUAGUGGUGCUGGAGAUGGCCAGGGUUUGUAUACACCUGAAAGUGCAGGAAGCAUCUUGGCAAGCUUUGGACUAUCAAAUGAUGACCUUGAAGUGCUGAGUCAUUACCCAGAUGAUCAGCUGACCCCUGAUACUUUACCUUUUAUACUUCGUGAUAUACAAAUCAACAAGUCGGACAACCAAAAAACAGUGUCACGCAAGAUGCAAGGCAAGAUCCUUUCUCCGUCAAACACUGCCCAACAGAUAGAUCCCGUUUCAUCUGAAGUGCCGAGUCUUUUGACAGUGACAAAGACAGCAGGAAAAGUCAUUGACUACGGCCAUGCCAGUCGGGUUGAGGACAAUACAAACAAGCAGAUGUUCAAAAGAGAGAAACUUUCAAGUGAAGGAGUGGUCCAGAUGUUAUCAUCUGCAUCUACAUCAAAAGUGGAAAAAGCAGAAAAACGGCAAAUACGUUUGGUACACAUGGAAUCAGGCAAGCAUGGAGACCGGGACUAUCGUAGGACAAGUGGUGGCCAUCAAAAGAGCAGUCUUUCACCUCGUAGUGACAGUAUACCAUCUAAAUCUCGUAUCAUUGACAAAGACUACAGGCGCAACAUAUCCAAGCAAAGGCUGUCAUCUGAAUUGAGGAGAGAGACGUACUCAAGGCGAUCUCGUUCAUCUUCUCCUGGCACGAGUGGGCACAGCAUCCAGAAGACAAUCCCUGACUCUAUCUUUAUACGUGAUUGCUCUGGCACAAGUCCAAAAGUGUUUCCUCAUACCUGCUGCCUGUGUCACAUUCAGUGUGAUCAUAACAAGGACUGGAUUGACCAUAUAAAUACUGUUAACCACACAGCCGCCUGCAGGGACCUGCGCAACAAGUAUCCUGAAUGGAACCCAUAUCUGAAAAGCAAAUGCAGAGUGAAAUCUCACAGGCUGCAUGCAAGACAUUCUCCUCAGGAUGAUCGCCAACUUCACUGCACAGGCGAUUCAUCACAUCACAGUGGUGUAGAACACACUUGUGAUGAGCUGGAUACGCACUCUGCUGACACCAGCUCCAAUGCAUCCUUCUCCAAGGCUGAGCAAAGCUCGAAAUAUGGACUUCAUUCUUCCACUACAACUGUUGAAAAGUCAACGAAGCCUGGGACCAGAAUCAAUACGAGUGCCAAAGCUGUCAAACCACUGUCCAUUCCACCACCUGCCAAGAAGAAAAAGACUGUGGUUCCAGCAUCCCAGGACAACAUAGCAGGCCCUCAAGUGUAUUUGGCUGGGAUUCCACAGGAAGCAUCAGAGCAAGAAGUUACUAAAUUUGUCACGUCUUUUGGCAAGAUCAACAAUGUGGUCUUGAUGCCAAGCUCUGAGGAAGAUAGUGAAAUGGGUGAUGGGCAAAAGAAUUGCAGCAUCAGUCAAAAAUGA